AUGACGACUAUAUGGAACCCAGAGAGAGUCCUCGGGUUGCAGCGCAGCUCCCAUCAUCAAAACGGAUGGCGCUGUGCCGGCAUCCUCUCAGCAGAGACAAGAAAUACGGCACCCUCGGACACAGUCCAAGAGGGAGAACCCACGACAAGUCCAACACGGUGCAGCCACCCGUUACGCCAAGCCGACAACAACACCAUCCGGCGGCUGCUCGCCGAGAUGGCCCACGAGAUGCCGGACCAGGUUGACUACAACGUGCUUCUGCACCUGGCCCGCGCCUGUCUCUGCACAGACGCGUCCCCGGAGCCUCACAGGGGUGGGCACGAGGCCGGAGUCAUCUACGAGUGGACCGAGAUGAUGGGCAAGGAGGCAUGCCGGAUCCGCGAGGGGGCAGGUUCAAAUUUCACAUCAGAUCCCGGACCAGAAUCCGGAACCGAGACAGAAGCAGCCAUCGCCGGUCCGUCCUCACCGCAGCUCGACCAUCCCUCGGACCCGCCGGGGAGGCCCAGGCUGAAAUCGGUGACGGCGUCGACGAUAUCCCAACGCCGGAGGAGCUCCCCGCACAGCCUGACGACCCCAUCGACGCCGUCCUCGACCUCGACGCACCUGACCAUCUCGACGGCCCGCAACAGCGCCCACCACCCGUACGCGCCGCCGUCCCCGCCCGACAGCGCCACCUUGCCCCCGACCGGCACCGCGAGCCCGACGGCGUUUCCAUUCCCCCAGCUUCCGCUCUACCAUCCCGUGCCCUUGUCCCUCGCCGCACUCAGCUCCGGCUCCUACCAAACGCGGCGAGAGCAGGCGGCAGCCCAGACGACGACGCCCGACAACGCCACCCCGCCGACGCCAUCAGCCAUGGGCUCUUUCGCGGCAGCGUCAGAAUCGUCAGCAGCAGGAGCGGACACGCUCGCGUCGUCGACGCCCCAGUACGCCACGGUGCCGCCGGCAAUGCACGACCGGGUGCCUCCGCCCCUGGCCACGGCCACGACAAUAGCGACCGACGCCAGCACCAUCAGCGCCGACAGCCUCGGGGGCGGGGAGCUGCGGUGCGCCAUCAUGUCGAUGCCGCCGCGGGUCGGCGGCGGUGCAGACCACAGCCUCCGGUCGCGGCCGCCGUCGGUGGGCUUGUACAGCCCGAUGAGCCUGGGCAGCGCGCCCGACGCGAGCAGACGAAAACAGCAGCGGCAGGCGCCGUUUCCAAGACGCCACACGCGGUCGAUCCAGGACGGCGGCGGCGGAGGGUGCAGGAGGAGUCGACACGGCUCGCCUGUCGUGGCGCCCAGCGGCGCUGCUCGAGAGGAGGAUGCGGCGAUGCGGCAGGAGAUGCAGGGUUGUGCCUCGGAGAUGUCGGCCAUCAGGGCAGAGCUGGCCGCCAUGCGCGCCGAGAUGAUGCAGGUGUUGCAGCAGCAGCAGCAGCAGCAGCGACGGGAGGCUCGUAAUGACGAGGAGCUCUGUCGACCUGCAAGCGAGCACGUCCCGACGGCAAACGUCUCCGAAACCCUGGGUCGUGCAGUCGCGGCGACCAUGCCACUCCUGGCGGCCUGUUGUACGUGGAUACUGUCUGUGGUUGUCUGCGCUCUCAGCUCGCUAAAGCUGCACGCGGCUGGAGAAGCUGCGUCUCGGUUCAGAGGCGUGCUGGCUUCCAUCGUCUCGACCGCAAAAUCUCUCUUUGGGGCUCCCGAAGCCGAAUGCACUGGGGGCCAAAGUCAUCCAGAGACCGGAAGAAGGGGAGAGGGUUUUCAGUCAGGUAGAGCAUUACGAAGGAAAGCUUCGAUUGGGAAGAUGGUAUGA